UGGUACCAUAGCAGGAUACUCUCCCCCCAGUUGUACAGACUUCAGCUUCCCUAAUUCUCCACAAUUACCAUCCUGGCUGGGAAAUUCCAGGAGUUGAAGUCCAGGCAUCUGGAGAAGAUGAAAUUUAAAGCACAAAAGUCUUCUGAACUGAUCAUUGGAGGUGAUUAAUGUAACAUAAAUGAACAUCGUUUCCUUGUAGCCUUGUAUGAUUAUUGGUCUGGGAGUUUUCUCUGCAGUGGGACUUUGAUCAACGAGGAAUGGGUGCUCACUACUGCACACUGCAACAGGAGAAAUAUCUUAAUGUACCUUGGUGUGCAUGACCGAAAUGUGCAAUUUGACAAUGAGCACAGAAGAUACCCAAAGGAGAAGUACUUAUUUCGCUGUAGCAAAAAGUUUACCAAAUGGGACAAGGACAUCAUGUUGAUCAGGCUGAACAAACCUGUUUGAAACAGUGCACACAUUGCGCCUCUCAGCUUGCCUUCCAGCCUUCCCAUUGUGGGCUCAGUUUGCCGUGUUAUGGGAUGGGGCACAAUCACAUCUCCUGAUGAGACUUAUCCCGAUGUCCCUCAUUGUGCUAACAUUAACCUACUUGAUUAUACGAUGUGUCGAGCAGCUUAUCCAGAGUUGCCGACGAAAGGCAGAACAUUGUGUGCAGGUAUCCUGGAAGGAGGCAAAGAUACAUGUGGUGACUCUGGGGAACCCCUCAUCUGUAAUGGGCAAUUCCAGGGCAUUGUAUCUUGGGGGAGUGAUGUUUGUGGUUACAUACUUGAGCCUGCCCUCUACACCAAGGUCUUCAAUCAUCUUCACUGGAUCCAGAGCAUUAUUGCAGGAAAUAUAGCUUUGACUAGCCCCCGUGAAAACUUUUGAAAAAGUUAAGAGGAGAAAAUGUAACGUAUUAGUACAUCUCUUCUA